AUGCAGCCUGUGGGAUUCGAACCCGAGUCACUUCCCUUGGUCGGGUAUGCUGCUGAGAAUGGAAUGUCUGACAUGCAAUUGGAUAAGUUGCAGUUUAACGGCAUUGAUUCGGUCGAGACUGUUGACCUUCACUCCGGGAAAGAGCCGGCUAAAGCGGCUCGAAAAGAGUUAGUUCGGCAAGCUGAGAAACUGAGUGCUCGAAUUGAUAAGAUUUUUAAACAGAUUAAGGAGGCUGAAAAAAGUAGGUAG